GCAGCAGCACCGCCGCGUAAUCAGGCUGGUCCAGGGCAGCAGCCGCACAGCACUUUGCUCUCUGAUAAGACUCCUUGGAAGACGGAGAGCGCAAACCACCAUCCUGAGCUGCCGCGGUGAAUGUCAGCAGAGGAGCUGGAUUUUUGAGACGCAUCACGGUUAAUGGAGGAUGGACAUUAGACUGUUGGAAAGAGACGUUGAUUUUAGAUUUUUGUGUUUCUGGACUACUUUCGAAAUUUCAUAUUAACAUCGGACAACUUUAAAAAAACAACAACAACAACUUCAUACUAUCUGUUGCUAUUCGUUCGUGCCUCUCCUUGAAGUUUGGACCUUUUCUUGCGUAGGAAUGUCCCUGAAUGUUUUAUUUUUAGUUUAUUUAUUAAUGAAACUCCAAGCUUCCUUUUAUCCAUAUAGCUACACGGAGCAAGGUGAAUUCUGGCUGGCUUAAUCAACAAGUCUAAGAAAAACAUACUGAGUGUAAAAAACAACAACAAAACAACAGCAAGAAGAAAGAAGUAAGAAGCUGGAGCUUUAUUAUCUUUAAGGAUUUACUAUUUAAAGAGGACUAAAAGAGUUUGGAGCACCUUCUCGCCCUUCUUCCUCCGCGGACUAACAAGGAGGCAGACGCAGCGGAGCAGAGCUCACAGGCGCGCGCAGUUCCGCCAGGCGAGCCGCUGUCCCCCUCACCUCCACCCCUCCCUCCCUCCCUCCCCCGCGCGCCGUGCUGAGGAGAGAGGUUCGCUCGCGCUUCCAUAAAUGCCCGGUCCGUUGGAGAGGCUCGAGGCUGGGCAGCAAGAUGAGCUCGUGGGUACAGCUGCUGCUGCUCGCGUUGCUGGCAGCGUGUGCGCGGUUUGGCGUGGCCGAGGAGGACGCUCUGCCUGCAGCCCUGGUGGAGCUGGUUAGAAACAGCCCCAUCACUUCCAUAGAGGACCUCCAACUGCUGCUGCUCACUGACUCCGUAGAUGAGGAGGAAGGAAACUCUGCAGCCAAUGGAGGUCACAGAAUACCACGGAGCCUCGAUGCUCAGCCCGCCCAGCAGGCUCAGUGUAAAGUUCGCACAGAAGUGGUCGAGGUCACCAGAGCCAUGUUGGACCGCAGCAAUGCCAACUUUAUGUUGUGGCCACCGUGUGUGGAGGUUCAGCGCUGCUCCGGCUGCUGCAACACCAAGAUCCUGCAGUGCGUUCCCGUCGUCACACACACCCGAUACUUGCAGGUCAUGAAGAUUGAGUACAUCAACAAAAGACCCACUUAUGCUAAAGCUGUAGUGUCAGUCGUGGAUCAUGUGGAGUGCAGAUGUCAGUCUGCUCCGCGUGCCGCAGUGCUCAAGAAGAAAUCCCCUCACAGACUGCACAGCCACCUGCAUCGAAACCAGACACUCAGCGCAGCAUCUGUGCAAGGACAGGUGAAGGUGCACUCCAAAGAUGAACUCCACCAGUUGGAUGAGCUGAAGCAAAACCAGAGGGCUAAUCUGGAGGAUUUCCUGGAGCAGCACUGGGACCCUAGAGGAGACACUUUUCCUCUGCCCGGAGAAGGGUACAGUCUUGCUGGAGAAGACCCGUCUCGCUCUGAGGAGGCUGUUUUCAAUUCUCCGCACUGGUCUCAUAACUUUACCCAGCUUCUUGGGACAGAAGAACAAACGGAGGCACAGGAGAAUGGGGGCAAGAUGAAUGUUGAGGUUUCUGAAGGCAAAUCGGGACCCUCUGUGGAUAUUGUGGGAGUGGAAGCAAAGACAAGGUCGGAAGAUGGGUUCAACAGUCCUGAAAGGAAUCCUAAACUAGGACACAAAGACACACAAACACACAGCCCUCCAGGGCAAGAUGACAAAUCCAAACCUUUUAAGAGCCACACUAGUGGACUCUCUAAAAGUGUUGCUGAGAACCCUCAAGUCGUGUUCAGUCCUAGUGAGGAAACCCUCAUCGACAGAGUGAGGAGCAAGUUCCGACCGACCAAAGAACCAAAUCCAGAGCCUCGAGAGCAGGCAGGAAGGAGAGAAAAUGAGACUCCAGACGUGGAAAGGAUGUUACAAAUUGCGGAGGAAAAAUUGGAGGCUGAGAGAAAAGAGCUUCUUCUCCUGCACAAGAGAUUGGACGAAGAAAAGGAAUUACUGCGGCAGCAGAAAAUGAAACAGGAAGAGGAAGAAAGGCUGAAAGCAAAGGAGACAGACAGUCAACAUCUCCAACAUAGGAAACAUCACGAUCUGCACACAACAACACCGAAACCAGAAACAACAACAUCCACGACUACAACGCAAAAAGCACCAGCCCCAACAGGCCCCAGACUCCCAGUUCGUCCAAACCCUCCACGAAGAAGAAUGAGGAAGAAUCGCAAACGGAUCAGCAAGGCAGCAAUGAGAGCAAUGCUCAUGUAGGACAGAAAUAAAACCAGGGACAUAUGGAGAAUAUCUUGCAGGAUGGGAUGCUUCCAAAGACGAAGCCAGAUGACUCCUUUGGUUUAAAGUAUUUAUUUUUCAGUAACCUGGUUGUCCAGUGAGAUGGUAACACUACUAACGACUGUCUGCUGAACGUGCAACUAUCGCUCGAUGGACUACAACACAGGCUGAUGGGAAAGGGAAUAUGAACAAAGGACAAACCUGCUCAGGAGCAUGUUUCCCUCUCUAAACAUGUGAUAGUCGGAAGAGACAGAUGGCACCCCGAGACAGACAGAGUGGGCACAAGCACAGUGACUGUGUGGGAUUGACCAAGCAUUGCUGUAGAACUGUGGAAGAUAGUGCAAUUUCUGUGCAUCCAUGCUUAGAUAUCAUCAAAGAGAGACACUGCACUUAAAUGUCAACAACCAAGACUGUAUGGGAGCUUUUUGGUAGAUGUUGUAAUGCCACUGGGAAAGUAAAACACAAAGUACAUUUGGUAAAAAAAAAAAUGGAUUAAACUGUUUGGAUAAAAAUUGUGAAUUACAUAAUCUUUGAGACAAUCAUCAUAAGACUACGCAACAGGCAGACUUUUCUGCGUGAUAUCGAUCAUCAGCUCACGAAAAACAACGAUGGUCUCUUUUUAACCAUAUUUCAUUAUAUUUAACUCGUUGCAAACACUGGAAUAACACAGAUAUGACUAGCAAACAAAAGCAGCAUGUAAUGUUCCUUGCAAAAGUAUUAGUACCCCUGCAAGCUUCCACUUGAUGUGCUGUUACAAUCCCAAACUCCGGCGUAAUUAAUUUGACUGUCGUGAUAGACAAACACAAAGCAGCGCAUCGUGAAGUGGUCAGAAACUGAAUAAUGCCUUUUUUUUAUACAAAUACAAAUCACAAAAGUGUAGUGUGCACAAGCAUUCCACAAUUUUUCCUGCAACUACAGACCGACCUACCUGCCUAGCAUGCCUCACACCUUCCAGUUUGAGAUUGUGGAUUGAUGAGAGCUCAGGGAGAUGUUCAAAGCUUGGGUAAUUGUUUUAUGACCUGUCCCUGCUUUGAACUUCUCCACAACCUUCUCCCAGACCUGUCUGCUGUGUUCUUUGCUCUUGAUAUUGCCAUUUGUUCAUUGAUCUACUCUGACAAACCCCCGAGGCCUUCCAAAAACAGAACUUAUUAUACUGAGAUCAAAUUACACACAGGGGGGACUCUAUUUACUACUAAGGUCAUUUCUGAAGGAAUUUGGUUGCACAGGAUUUCAUUUAGGGGUAUCAAAGUAAAGGGGAUUCAUAUUUUUCUGAUUUUUAUUUGUAAAGACAUUAAAACACCGUCUAUUCCCAUCCUUCCACUUCACAACUGUGUACUGCUUUGUGUUGGUCUGUCACAUAGGAUCAGCAAAAUUCAUUAAAGUUCCUGUUUUUAUGUCAAGAGGUGGGAAAGUUUGGGUGGAUGAACACUUUUUUAAGUAACUGUGCCCGCAAAGUGUCUGUUGCAGAAUCAGUGCUACAAAUAUACCUGUGAUUUGACUUUGUGCCAUGUUUAUUAUUUAUUUGUCUUUACUGUUAUCGUGGAUUAUUUUUCUAUAGAAAUACUGCCAAGUAGAUGAGUUGAGACUGAGUAUUUCCAAAAGAUUUGGUUAAUGUCUGUUGCUGGGUGGUUUAAACAGGAACAAGAUCUUUUUUUUUUAAAGGUGUCCCAAUUCUUCAUGACCUCCCAGUCAUGUGCAGUGUUAAACUUCUUUGUUCAGAAACCGUGUGAAUGGUUGUUUUCUACGUCUGAAUGUGUGGCCAUGUGUGCAUUUUGUGGUCUUCUACCCACACCUAUGCGUCUGUUAUUUAUCUUAAAGGUAUUUCUCGGACACUUUUCCGAAAUAUGUUUUUCUCAUCUUCCUUUUUGAAUUGAACCAUGUAAACCGUAUUAAUGUGCUUACAGUAAGACACCCCCCCCCCCCCCCCCCACCACCACCGCUGUUCUGAUAGAUUACAACAUAUUGAUUUAAAUUUCUUUGACAGGGAUCCAGAAGGCCGUACAUUUUUUGCUUUUGAGAAAGUAAAAAAAAAAAGAAAAAAGAUUGAUGUUAUCAUUUUGUUAAUAUUUUCCAUUUUAAUGACUUGUAUAAAUACACUGCUGUGUCCAAUAAUCCACUGUCAGACAAACAAUUUUAAGUUAUUGACAAACUUGGCUUACAUGUUCUUUAUGCCAAUUUACAACUGUUACUUAUUUCUGUCUGUUUUAAUAUAUGAAAUUGUGAAAAGAGAAUGUUUGCCUAUUUUCAUAAGAGCAUAAGAAUCUAAAGAGCUUGAAUUUG